AUGGGGAGCGUUUCGUCUGAGGAAUGUUUCGAUCAAAUAAGUGAGCGGUUCGAGAGUUACAGCUUGAGCGCCGACGUGAGCGAAUCCGAGAGCUCGUGUGGGUUUUCCUGUCGUCGUUUUGACCGAGGUGGUUCGAGUUUUUUGACCUCUUCGCCGCCCGUUGGUUCAGAGUUCGUUGACGUUUCUAGUUUAUCGACGCAAGUUCCCGUGAUGUUACCGGUUGUCGGUGGUAGACACGAGGACAUUCCGUCGAAGAAGGUGGAGGAACCAGAGGCCGUCAUGGCGGUUUAUAUUUAUAAUGGUGAAGAUCGAAGACUUAUGGACGAAUAUUUUGCUGCAUUUUUAACGUACUUAGUGACGACUUCAACCUUAAAUAUUUUUUCCACGGAGUCUGGGUUGAUAUCCCUAUUCGUCUUGCUUAGGAUUAGUUGUGUUUUAAUUUCUAUCGAUCUGUUUGCAGAAGUAGAUAUGAUGAAGGAAAGGUUCGCUAAACUUUUGCUUGGAGAAGAUAUGUCAGGUGGAGGAAAUGGAGUCUGUACUGCUCUUGCCAUAUCCAAUGCCAUUACAAAUCUUUCUGCUUCUGUGUUUGGGGAACUAUGGAAGUUACAGCCAUUAUCACCACAAAGGAAGCUGAUGUGGCGUAGAGAGAUGGAUUGGCUUUUGUGUGUAAGUGAUUCCAUAGUGGAGCUUAAACCAUCUUUGCAAGAGUUUCCAGGUGGGGGAACCUUUGAGGUUAUGGUGGCCCGGCCACGCUCGGAUCUCCAUGUUAGCCUCCCAGCACUCAAGAAACUUGAUGCAAUGCUGAUAAGCAUUCUUGAUGGCUUUCAUAAUUCUGAAUUUUAUUAUGCGGAUCGUGGAGUAGUUAUCAACGAUACUGACGGAAUUGAGGCAUUUCCUUCAUCUUCGCCAUCUGGUAGUUCAUCUGUUAGACUGGAAGAGAAGUGGUGGCUCCCAUUUCCCAAGGUUCCCCCCUCUGGUUUAUCCGAAGAUUCAAGGAAGAGAUUGCAGCAGUGUAGGGAAUGCACAAACCAGAUCCUCAAGGCUGUUAAGGCAAUAAACAACAAUGUGUUGGCUGAGAUGGAAAUCCCAGAUGCUUACCUCAAAAGCUUGCCCAAGUGUGGAAAGGAUUGUUUGGGUGAGGUCAUGUACCGUUACUUAACCGCUGACCAAUUCUCGCCCGAGUGUCUUCUUGAUUACUUAGACCUAUCAUCGGAAUACACUGCUCUGGAAAUGGCCAACAGGGUUGAAGCUUCUGUGCGUAUUUGGAAACACAAAUACUUGAAAAGGCACUCACUGCUUGCAAAAGUGGGAAAGACAGCAUGGGGUGGCAAAGUUAAGGGUUUUGUCGGUGAGAUAGAAAAGACGAAGAUUUUAGCUGAGCGAGCCGAGACACUCCUACAGAACUUACGGCUACGGUUUCCAGGCCUUCGUCAGACUUCUUUAGACAUGAGUAAGAUUCAGCAUAACAAGGAUGUAGGACAAUCAAUCCUUGAGAGCUACUCGAGAGUGAUGGAAAGCCUAGCAUUCAACAUAACGGCAAGGAUUGAUGAUCUUCUAUAUGUGGACGAUGCCACAAGGAAACGAGCGAUUGAGACAGCAGAGUCAGUGUCUGUUUAUGAGGCGGGGCGGUUUGAUGUUGGUCUUCCUAAACAAAGUCGGAUAUCAACCGAUCCUCUCUCGUUCCAACGUCCUCCAUGUGGGAUGACAGCAUCCUACGAUUCAGAUGAAAUAAGUGAAAGCUCUGAUAGGAGAGUUUAUCAACAAUAAACAAUGGCAAUCUUAGAGAGCCAUUGGAUGGCUCACGGGUAAGGUUAGCUUUUUGAGUAAUGAAUGCAAUAACGUCAUGCACCACAAACCUGGCAAA